AUGCCGCUCUCGGCGGACAACGUGCACUCGCUGUCGAAACUCGACAAGCGCUCCACCCAUGCUCGCUCCUCGUCUGCUCCCAUGCCGAUGCUUGGUUCACCCGUCAAGCUGCGUCCGGAUGGCGAGACUCGAAGAGCCAAGCCAGAGAAAGGGCGGCAUCGCUCCUCGUCAAGCUCGGGCAGCAAGUCUGGCUUUCUCACGAAGCUGAGGUCCGGCUUUGCGGCUAAGCCAGUCGAAGAGAUGGAAUGGCAUUGCAAAGGUGGCGAUCUAGCAGAUCACUUUGACUGGAUGGAGCUGCCUCCCACUCUGCCGGCGAUACACGAUGACGAUGCAAGCUCGGGCUAUCGAAUCACAUUCUCUGCUACACAAUCGCCCGUUCUCAUCCAUGAAGCAAAUGACGAAGGCACACAGCUGCGGCGUGCAAAGGAGGAGAAGGCAGCCAUAGAAGCCUUAGACGCCUUCUUCUCGAAUGGACCCGCACCCGUCAAUCGGAUUGUGACCCUUCGCAAGGAGGAGGUCACGCUCAAGUCGUACAAUUCACCGUUCCUCUCAGCUUCGGCUUUCGGUUCGCCUCUUAUGCCGCUCUCGCCCAGUUUCCAGGCACCGGCAACGCCAUCGUCGCCCUUUACGCUAGAGAAGAGUCUCUGGCAGCAACUGUCGCUUUCAGACGAUCAGACUGAGCAACAUGUACUCGAUAUUGACUUUGCCGAAUAUGACGACCAGGUCACGCUGCCAGCAGGCUUCGCGAUCGGCUUCGGCCUGGCCAUAUCCAGUCCACUGCUCUACAGUAUCUCAGAGCGAAGUCAAGUAGAGUCGACGCCUUUGCAUUCACCCAAACUUGCAGAUUCAAAGAGGAGCAGCCUGGCUUACAGCCCCAGAACCAUUGCUACUCUGUCAUGGGAUUCGCCCAAAACGUAUCGGUACAUCUGA